AUGCAAUUUUUGCUCAUAAUCAUCGUUCUUACCUAUGUUGAAGUUCUUUAUUGCUAAUGGCAAAACAAUUUAGCUUUAUUAACAUCAAACACAUUAUUUACCUAAUAAACUGGCCCAUAUGCAUCUUAACAAUCAGGAACCUUUUUGCAAUUUAAUACAUAAAUCACAGCCUAUUUUAUCACGUGCACAAACCCAAAAACAAGCUAUAUAACCCUAAAUAGUUAAUAUCCUAGUGUUGAAACAGAUUAAAACUACUUUUUAUAAAGUGGAUAUUUUGUAGCUUUUGAUUUAUUUUUUAAAAGUACUUGGGAUAUUUAAGUUAUAAGGUUUAAAUUUGGUUCAUUUGAAUAUUAAUAUAUUUAUUAUGAACCAUCAGAUCAUCCUUUGACUUAUAAAUUUUGUGAUAAUAAAAUUGUCGAUGUAAAAACAGUAAAUUUUUCAAUUACAACAACUAAUUAUGAAAAAAUUUAGUUUAUUUUCUCUUAUUUCAAUAUUGGGUGGGUUUCAAUUAGAAAUUUUUAUAUAUCUUCUUUUAAUUGUUAUCCCUCUUGCUCCUCUUGUAGUGGUUCUGGAUUCAACGAAUGUACAGAUUGCUAUUUCCAAACCCCUACUAAUGGAAUUUGCCCCUCUUGCCCAACAAAUUAAUAUUAUGCGAAGCAUAUAGGAUGCAAGCCAAUUUGUGAUAUUGGAUCUUCUUUAAUUAAGAAGGGAUUCUGUCAAAAUUAUCCAACUCAAAGUUUCAUAUCUACUUAAUUUACACCUAAUGUUUCAUCCCCAGAAAAUAUGAAAUGGUCAUUAAUCCUUGAUCCACUACAUGUUGACAAUACUUUGCUUCCAAAUAUUUAUGUAAACUAUCAAUACAUAUACGGGAUAUUUAAAUAUCAUUCAGGAGUUAACAGAUUUAUUAACGAACUAUCUUCUAAUUAUUCAACUUACUUAAUUGGAUUCAAGAUUACAUUAAUAACAUUCAAUGAUAUCCCACUUGGUUGUGGAAUCUAAAUAAAUAUUAAUAAUACCUAUUAUGGAUCAAUUUCUAGAAAUGACUAAGGAAUUCAGGCACAUCAGUUAAGUAUUUAUGAAACUUCAGACUUUGGUUCAUAUCCAACGUAUUCCUCCGUCAAAAAAUAUGUUUUAGUUACAUACUAUGAUAUCCCUAAGAACCCAUUACUAUUUUCAGCUGUCGGAAAUUUUAGUGAUAACUCUGCUGGUUGGGGAAUAAUGUAAGUGUAAGCUACUUCAGGUUAUUGCCCUUAAUUUUGUAAAUUAUGUGAAGUACCAUUCAAAUGUAAAACCUGCAAUAGUGGAUACUAUUAUUAUAAAGAUGGUACUUGUAUAAGUAGCUGCUCAUUGCCAUAUUAGAAAAUAGUCGAUUCUUAUUGUUAAGAUUAUGAUGAUGAAACACCAUACUCUAUGUUUUUAGUUUAAGAAUAUAUAAACACUGCAAAUGAUCCUGAAUAAUAUUCUUAAUAUACUUUGAUUUCUAAAAAUGGAAUCAAUUUUUUAAAAGGAUUAGAUAUUUAUUAUUCAUAUUGGUAAUCAUAUCGAGUCUUUGGAGGCCCUUUUGUUUGGGCCUAGGCUAAAUUUAAAAGAGUUCAUAACAUACUUGAUCCUCAUCAUAGUCUCACUAUUGCCUUUUAUAUCCUUUAUGGUCCAACAUUUCCUUCAAAUGGAUAUUUCAUAUAUACAAUAGAAAAUAAAUCACCAGUUUAUAAAUCAAGCUCUAAUGCAUAAUCAGAUUAUUCUGAUGGUUCAAAAUAUGAUAAAGUAUAUGAAAGAAUAUCCCACAAUACAAAUACAUUAACAAUUUAUUGGGAAUGUUAUGGACUCAAUAAUGAACCAAUUGAGGCCUAUUGUGGAUUCUAUAAUUAUUAUAUAGCUGUUCAUAAAUGCAAACCUUAUUGCUUAUAAUGUUCAGAUUAAAAUACAUGUACAUAAUGGAAUAGCACAUAUGAUUAGAAUAUUGUCAAAUUUUCAUAAGCAGAAUGUGAUAUUCAUGAAUACUAUGAUAAAGAAUAAGUUAGAUGCAUAUAAUGUCCAAUUCCUUGUUUAUAUUGUAGAUCUAAAUUAGAUUGUUUAAGUUGUUAACCUACUUAUACUUUAAGUAAAUUAGGAUGUACUUGUAAAUAGAAUUAAUAUGAACAAUCAAAUCAAUGCUAUGAUUGUCCAAUUGAAUGUAAUUAAUGUUUAAGUUAAACUUAUUGUAUAGAAUGCUUAAUUAGUAAUAAUAGAUAAUUAUAAAAUGGGUAAUGUAUUUGUAUUGAUGGAUAUUAUCCAAUCAUAUCAAAUCCUUAAUGUCUUUUAUGUCAUCAAUUAUGUUAAACUUGUACUGGGCCAACUUCUAAUGAGUGUUUAACUUGCAAGAAUAUUCUUAAUAUUGAAUAAAUAGGAACAACAUGUAAAUGUUCAAUUGGAUUAUAUUAUAAAGAUUCAACAUAAACUUGUUCUAAUUGUCAUUCAUCCUGUUAAUCAUGUUUUAGUUCUGCUAUUAAUGGUUGUUUAACAUGUAAUCUAUCUUUAUAGAGAAUAUUAAAAGGAUUAAAAUGUGAAUGUAAACCUGGUUAUUAUGAAGUAAAUGAUAUUUGUAUAAAUUGUCCAAAUACAGAAGAUAAUUCAUUAACUUAAUGUUAUAAAUUAUGUAAUAAUAAUUAAUAGAUAUGGCAUACAACUAUAUGUAGUUCUUGUGAUGGAGGAUUCCAAUUACAAUAUGGAGAAUGUUAACCUAUUUGUGGAGAUUCAUAAAUAAAAGGAUAUGAAUAAUGUGAACAUAAUAAUAAUGUUGUUGAUGAUUUAUGUUAUAAUUGUUAAUAUCAAUGUCCAGCUCAUUGUUUAACUUGUGAUUAAUCUACUAAUUUACCAUGUCCAGACAUUUGUGGUGAUGGAUAUAUAACUGGAAUUGAAGAAUGCGAAGAUGGCAAUGCUAUUUAAUAUGAUGGAUGUUAUCAUUGUAAAUUUUAAUGUUAACCUUCAUGUACUAAGUGUAUAAAAGGAGAAUGUUAAGAAUGUGGUACUGUGGGUUGGUUUAUUGAUCCUGCAGUCACACCUUAGUAAUGUAAAGAAAGAUGUGGAGAUUCACUAAUUGUUGGAAUUGAAUAAUGCGAUGAUGCAAAUACUUCUGAUGCAGAUGGAUGCAAAGAUUGUAAAUAUUUUUGUAGAAUUGGUUGUUCAUCUUGUGAUUACUCUACAGGUUCUUGUCUAAGUUGUGAAUUCCCUGGAUUUGCUCCAUAUUAUUAUUUUUGCACAAAUAUUUGUGGAGAUGGUUUAGUCGUCACAGAUCCUUAUGGAUACUAUUAUGAAUAAUGUGAUGAUGCUAAUACAUCUAAUUAUGAUGGUUGCAGUAGUUGGUGCUAAUUUUAAUGUUAACCAUCUUAUAUCUGCACUAAUUGCGUUAACAACAGAUGUGAAACAUGUGCUUAAUAUUAUUAAUUAUCUGAAAAUAAAAUUUGUAUUCCAAUUUGUGGUGAUUAAUAAUAAUUGUUUGAUGAGAAUUGUGAAGAUAGUUUUAUAUUACCAUAUAAAGGGUGUUAAAAUUGUAUCCCUAAGUGUUAAUCCUCUUGUAUAGAUUGUGAUAAUAAUGGAAAAGGUUGUUUGGCUUGUCAAUUUGGUUACGAAAGAAUUGAUAAUUUGUGUUUUUCAAUUUGUGGCGAUCAGAUAGUUACAGAUGAUGAAUAAUGUGAUGAUGGUAAUUUUAAAUUAGCAGAUGGAUGUCAUUUCUGUUAAUUCAGUUGUUAGGAUUCAUGUGGUAAUUGCAUUUCAGGACUCUGUUAUAAUUGUUUAGAUGGUUAUCAAUUAAUAUAAAAUAAGUGUCAUCCAAUCUGUGAAGAUGCUAUAUUGAGAAAUGAUGAAUAAUGCGAAAUUAUAGAUUAAUCUAUCUCAGAAGGGUGCGUUAAUUGUCAAUUCAAGUGUGAUGUAAAUUGUUAAAUUUGCUUAUUCGGAAUGUGUUAACUCUGCUAAGUUGGUUUUCAUAUGCCUCCUGAUGGGUAAAGUUGUUAAAGAGAUUAUUAAUAAUAAGACAUCUAACUUGAAUACUGUAAAUUAUAGAUAGGGAAUGCUUGUAAAUAGUGUGAAGAUUUCGCAUAAUUGAAUCAAAUAACAAAAACUUGUUCAGUAAACUUGUAAUAUAAAAAGUGUAUGAAGAAUUGUAAAUUAUGCUUAGAUUAAAUUUGUUUGGAAUGUUAUACUGGAUAUUAUGGAUUUAAAUGUAUCCCAUAAUUAGGAGAUGGCAUAGUGGUUGAAGAAGAAAUUUGUUUUGAUUAAAACAACUAUGAUACUAUAGAAUGUUACUCUAAAUGUGAUGUCAAUUGCAUAAGUUGUAUAAUUGGGAUAUGUGACCUAUGUUUAUAAGGCUUUUAUUUAUUCAAUAAUAAGUGCAUACCAAAUAUUAUAACUAAUAUUUUAUAUGUGAAUGACGAUUUAGAUUUAUGUGGAGAUUAUAAAUUAAGCAUCAAUGAAGAAUGUGAGGAUGGCAAUACUUAUCCAUUUGAUGGUUGUUAUUAAUGCAAAUUUUAAUGUGAUGUUAAUUGUAUUAAUUGUCAAUUUGGAAAAUGUGAAAGUUGCAAUAGUGGUUAUAUUCUAAAUAAUAAUUAUAUGUGUGAACCAGAAUGCGGAGAUGGCAUUGUGAUUCCAUUUACAAGUGAAUAAUGCGAUGAAGAAGAUGAAGGGUGUUUAAAUUGUUAAUUUUAUUGUUAACCUUAUUGUCUCUAAUGUAAUGUACAUUAGUGUUUCUAAUGCUUUAACGGAUUUUCAAUAAAUUAAAAUGAAUGCAUACCUGUUUGUGGAGAUGGAAUAUUAUUAAGUGACUUUGAAGAAUGUGAUGAUUAAAAUGAUGAACAAUUUGAUGGAUGUUUUGAAUGUAGAUUUUAAUGUCAGUAAAAUUGUGAAAUAUGUGAAGAAGGUAAUUGCUUAAGAGAAUUUUGUUACGAUGGUACAUAUUGGCUAAAAGACUAAUGUUAAGCUAUUUGUGGAGAUAAAAUAAUUGCAGGUGAUGAAUAAUGUGAUGAUGGAAACUAAAUUCAAUAUGACGGCUGCCAUAAUUGUUAAUUUUAGUGCAAUUAGCAAUGCAAUAUCUGUGAAGAAGGAAUAUGUCUUGAAUGUAUUAUAGAUUAUGCCUUGAUUGAUGCGCUUUGCGUUUUAAACUAAAAGAAACUUAUUAAUAAUACUAAUCCUGGGUCUUUUAAUAACAACUCAAGUAUCAAUAGUAAUGGCAACAGUAAUAACAACAAAAAUAAUACUAUUAAUAGUAAUGGUGUUAAAUAAUAAGAGUCAGUUUUAGAAUCGAAUGAGAUAUGUCGAGACUCAGAAUGCGCAUACUCAAAAAAACCAAACAUGAAACUUACUUAUAAUUAUUAACAAUUUUCUUACUAAUAUGUUGACAUUAGUUUCGAUUAAGAAAUAAAAUUUAGUGAUUCGGUGAUAAAACAACAAGAGCUAUUCAAUAUCAGUAUUCUUGAUUUAGAACCCAAAGAUUAUAAUAUUACUGUUAAUACAAUAUAAGAAGUCUCUUUUGAUCUCUAAAAUGCUUUCUAUUAAGUUGUUGUUGAAAUAUUUCCACAACUUGUAAAUAGGCCAAUCCUUUUUAUUUCACUAAAUUAAGAAGUUAUUAACUCAAAUAAUUAGACACUUUAAGAAAAUAAUUAAACAAUUACCCUUUACAUACCAAAAGUAAUUUCUGAGUCAAUCAAAUCGACAUCCAUAAAAGCAUAAUAAUCAAACAAAGCAUUUAUGAUUGGAGCAAUUUGUUUAUGCGUAAUUUCUUUAAUUUCAGGUGAAAGUUCUGUAUUUGUUGAAACUUUAAAUGUUCUAUAAUAUCAAUCCUACUUAAGAUUUAUUAAUAUUGAAUAUCCUGAGAACCUAUUUAUCUAUUUUUAAGCGUAAGACUUGCUAUCAAUAACUUCUUAUUUACAAUUCUUCUAACUAGAUGAUUAUUUAGACUUUAUAACUAGAAAAGAAUAAUAAUAUGUUGAUUUAAAGGGAAAAUUUAAAGAAUAUAAUAUAGAGGCUGAUCUUUUUACCAAUAUAUUUCCACAGAUGAUUCAAUUUCUUGGAUUGAUAACACUGCUUCGUUUUACUAAAAAAAUUCAUAAUUUAUUAUUCAAAUUACUUUAAUAUAAAAAGGUUAUUUACUAUAUCUAAACUACUAAAUCUAAGAUUUUAAUGGCAAUUAUUAAUUUUAUACUGUAUUUAGGUAAAAGUGUCAAAUAAUUAAUUAGAAUACGAUAUCUCUUUAAUUGUGAUUAAAUUCGAUAACUAAUUUACUUAAAUUCAUGGGAUUUGAUAUUUAAAGUAAUUUUACAACUUAAUUAUAAUCGAAUAGAUAAUAUUCGAAGUAUUUUAACCACUGUAUUUGCAGCUUUAAUAUUUCUCUACUACUUUUAUUUUUUACUCCAAUCUUUCAAAUAAUGCAGUGAUAUCUAUAACAAAAAUACAAAAGCGAAGUUGGAAAUAAAGUUCAUUACGUUAGAUAUGUGCAGAACCAUAUUUUUCCAUAUUGUUCUAAUACUAUUCUAGGAUCAAUAAUUUUUAUAAUGUUUACUACUCUCUGUUAGCAGCUUAUGCUAAUGUUGUCUAUUAUAUAAAUAUAAACGAUGCUCUAAAUGGGAUAAAAUUACAUCCAUAUUAAUUGAAGCCAUUUUAACAGUUUUUAGUUUAAGUUUAUUUUUUUAUAUUGAAAUUGAGUAAGUUUAUAUUUCUUACGAAAACAAAGUUACUUUAGGAUUUAUACACAUGAACUUAUUGAUUUUAAGUCUGGCAAUAGUUCUUGCAAAACAAUUAAUACCUAAAAUAAUAAACAUAUGCAAAUUUUUAUUUUAAUAAAAGAAACCUAAAGUUGCUACAGAAAUACUAUUUUUUUGA